AUGGCGCUGGGGAGCGAGGCCGACGGCGAGGAAGCAGCGAACGCUGCAUCGAAAGCCGAGGCCAAGGCCAAAGCACCUCGCAGCUGGGACUUGGAUGUCUUGUCGGACAAUGCGGUGAAGGAUGUGAAGAGCGAGGAGUCCAGCAAUGAGGAUCCCGACAGGCCAACCAAGCCAGGAAGAUCUGCGGCGCCCUACUUCAGCAGUCUCCAGCGGGACAACUUCGAGCCAUUUACAGUCUUGCCUGGUCGCUGCACAGUGCUGCAGCGAGAUGUGGGAAACAUCACCAAGGAAUUCAAGAAGCGGCUGCAAGCCAAAGCUGCAGCAGGGGAGUUCGGUGACAAGGAGCUGCCCUUUGCUGGAGGCUUCAUCAUCUUCCGCGAGAUCUUCAAAGAGUGGGGUUUCUCCGUGAUCGUAGAGUAUCACAAGCACGAAGUGGAUCGCGAUUGUUUUCAGUACAUCUGUGGGAUCUGCUGGCGCACCAUGGCGAAUGCCGACAACUUGGUGGACAAGGUGGCAAUCGUUUUCCUCAUCUACCUCCUCUCCGCAAACCAGCAGAAGCAAGUCUUUGCUGUUCCGGUGAGCCACGAGGUUCUCGAGCAGCUGAUCGACUUGAGGCAGCAGUGCCUCGCGCAGGAAGCCUUUGCAGAGUUCCACAAGAUCAUCUGGAAGCUGCUGAAGGAGGACAAGGUCUCCAUAGGGACUCGAGCCAGCUAUCGAAGCCUUCACUUCGAUGCUUUUGGACACCUCGCCGAGCGAAAGAGGAUGAAACUACCCAUCGCGGGUACCCGGGCUUGGACGGCCAAGCGCAAAUUCGAGGCAAGAAACAGGGCGAAGGUCGAAGCAAAAGAGGAGGAGUCCGCGGCGUGCCGACGCGCAGAACGCCAAGCAAGGUUGAAGAAGAGGCUUGAUGAGCUCCAGCAGCCCGUGGGCGACUACGAGGCUAGUCAACUGGAAGCGCGGAGAGAAACUCCUGGUGAGGACUGCGCAGAGCCAGUCACUGAUGGAGAGGAGGAGGCCCCAUCCAAGGACAUGGUGGUCCUGCCCGAGGUGAGUCACAUUGUGGGUGGUCUGACGAAUGCUGAUGACCGGUGGGACGAGGCCAAGCAACUGUUGGACGGGGCCCUGGUUGAGGACGGUCCAGCCGGUCUGCCUGCCGCGGAGUCACCGGGCGCCGAGUACGUACCGCCAAUCCUGGCACAGUUCCACGCAGCGAAAAAGACCCGGCGCCGCCCGCGGCGAGAUGAGUACGACCGGGAAUACGACGAGGAUGACGACGAGGAGGCUCACAUCAAUCCUUUCGCCGAAGAGUACUUCCGGAAAGCAUUUGAGCUUGGAGACAGACGGCUCAUCCUCACAAGAGUGCCAAAGGGAAGGACAACCUGCCAUUCGGCUUUGUUGGGCAUGGACAAGGCCAUGAGCAACGGCGUGGCUGAGAAGCUGCUGAGUCAAAUCCGCAAGAUGCCAACAUCUUGUAGUGCUCGAAGUGAGCAGAUACCGGUCAUACCUGAGCCAGGGACAGAAAGGGCCAAGUCCUGCGAAAGUGACGCAUCUGGAUCAGGCGAACAAUUGGUGGUUAUGCCCAUGGGAACACCAUCUCCGGCAACACCGGAACUGGCGAAAGCGCUGUUUGGCCCACCCAAAGAUAUUGAAAAAAAGGAAGACGACGAGGAGAAGUUUGAUGACAAAAUCACGUUCUUCGCAGAUCGGAAUAUCUCCGACAUGGAGGACAUGUCAGACGUGCAAUACGAGAUCGAGCCUGAGAGCGAAGAAAGCAAGACAGCACGUCAGUUUGAGGACGUCGGACAUCGGCCCGUCGUUGCGCGGAGUGUGGAAUUUCUCAAAGAGGACUUCCAGUGA